AUGUCCGCCACGAAACCAACAGCCGCGGCUGUUCACAGCGCAAUCAGACUGUUAAUCGAUAAUCUCGUUAACAUCAAAGAUGAAACCGGCAAAUUUCUGCUGUAUCUAGAAGAUGGGCGUGUGAUUGACACAAAGUCAUGGGCUGGCUGGGAAUGGACACACGGUAUCGGGCUCUACGGAGUCUGGAAAUACUACGAAAUGACAGGCCAUGAGUCUUUACUAAAAAUCAUUGAGGAUUGGUUUGCGGCCCGAUUUGCUGAGGGAGGAACAACAAAGAACAUCAACACGAUGGCCGUUUUUCUCACGCUGGCAUAUGUAUAUGAAAAGACCGGCAAUGUGGCUUACUUGCCAUGGCUCGAUUCGUGGGCUGAAUGGGCCAUGUAUGAAUUACCACGAACAAAGUACGGCGGAAUGCAACAUAUCACUUACAACUCCAUAAAUUCGGAGCAACUAUGGGACGAUACCCUGAUGAUGACCGUGUUGCCUUUGGCCAAAAUCGGCAAAUUGCUAGGCAGACCUGAAUAUGUCGCAGAAGCCAAGAAACAGUUCCUCCUCCAUAUCAAAUACCUUUUCGACCCUCGCACCGGGCUGUUUUUCCACGGCUGGGAAUUUAAGGGUGAGAACGGAGGUCACAAUUUUGCACAAGCCCUAUGGGCUCGGGGUAACAGUUGGCUUACCAUUGUCAUUCCCGAGAUUUUGGAGUUGCUCGAAUUCGACCUUAAUGAUCCUAUCCGGUUACACCUCAUCCAUACCUUGGAUGCACAAUGCGGAGCCUUGAAACAGUUCCAGCACUCGUCAGGAUAUUGGCGGACACUUAUCGAUCAAGCAGAUGAGGGCUCCUACGUCGAAGCCUCGGCCACCGCUGGUUUCGCAUAUGGUAUGCUCAAGGGCCAGCGCAAGCGAUACAUUGGUAGUGAAUACCGCGAGACGGCCGAAAAGGCUAUCCAAGCAGUGCUGAGUGCAAUUGAUUCGCAUGGAGAACUGCAAAACACUAGUUUUGGCACGGCAAUGGGUCAUAAUUUGGACUUUUACAGGGAGAUUCCUAUCACUUCGAUGCCGUAUGGACAGGCUAUGGCGAUUAUGGCGUUGGUUGAGUAUUUGAGGACGUACAUUUAA